CCCACCAGGAUAUAGACAUUUGGAUACAGAGCAAUGAGAGAAUUGAAAGCUCAUGCCCUUUUUGGCAAUGCCACAUUCCAACACCCAUGCCAAACUUUUCCUUCACUGUCUUCCAUCGACCCUCACCAGAAAUUCCUAAUGACACCAAACCCACCUCCCACAAGCCCAAGGAUUAGUGCCAAAAAGUGCAGAUAGGGAUUGAGGUUUCACUAAUGAAGCUCUUUCUCUUUCUCUUUCUGCUUGGGGUUCUAAUUCAAUUGUUCGCCCAUGGCUCUUGCAAGUCUGAUCUUCCCGCCCCUUCUCAGGUUAUGCUUGCAGUGCCGGUGGGAUAUAGUGUGGGAUUCAAAGGGAGAGCAUUUCUAAUGGAGGCCAACCAAAUGGUACCCAGUUUCAGAGCUGCAUUGAGCGUGGAAGCAAUUAAUGGAAAAUACGCGUGUUCCUUGGGUGUUUUUCUUGGGGACGUUAAGGUGUGGGAUUCUGGCCAUUUUACAAGGUUUUACACAUCAGAAAGGUGCGUCCUUGAGCUGACUACAGAUGGAGAUUUACAGUUGAAGGGUGCGAAGGAGCAAGUGGGUUGGCGAACUGCUACUUUUGGACAAGGUGUGGAGAGACUACAGUUAUCGAGGACGGGCAAUCUGGUAUUGGUGGACGCCUUGAACCGUAUAAAAUGGCAGAGUUUCAAUUUUCCAACAGAUGUGAUGCUGUGGGGUCAGAAAUUCGAUCUGGGUACUAGCUUGACUUCUUUUGCCAGCAACUCAGAUUCAUUCUACUCUUUCGAAAUUCAACCCAACAAGAUUGCUCUAUACCUGAAUUCUGGCAGUCGGAAGCAUUCUUACUGGGAAUUCAAGCCUUCCAAGAACAGAAACAUUACAUUUGUUGAAUUGGGGACAAAAGGUUUGGAGUUAUUCAACAACAAACACAAGAAAAUUGCACAGAUUCUAUCACAAAGACUUGAACCAUUAAGGUUUAUGUCGCUUGGAAACGGAACAGGAAAUUUGGGGCUCUACUAUUACUCAUCUGACAAGGGAAAAUUUGAAACCUCCUUCCAAGCACUCAACACCACAUGCGACCUUCCUCUGGCCUGCGAACCCUAUGGUAUUUGUACCUUCUCCAAUGCUUGUUCCUGUAUCCGGUUUGUAAAAAAAACAGAAGAAAGGAUGCGUUCAAGUUGUGACGAGGGACACCCAAGAGGGUUCUGCGGCAGAGAGGUGGAGAUGCUUGAGUUAGAGGGUGUUAGCACUGUCCUGAGGAAUGAUCCCAAACAAGUUAAUGUUAGCAGAGAAGAGUGCUCCAGUUUGUGUAUGGAUGACUGUAAAUGUGUUGCAGCUUUGUAUUCCUCAGGCAAAGGUGGGGCAGAUGUAAGAGAAUGCUUUCUUUACGGAUUGGUCAGAGGAGUGAAACAGGUAGACAGGGGAAGUGGAUUUAAUUAUAUGGUGAAGGUUCCAAAGGGAAGUGGUGGGGGUCAUGGAAGAACUAAAAAUGUGAGAAAAUGGGUGUUGGUCAUGGUAGGAGUCGUUGAUGGUUUGAUUAUUCUUCUUGUUUUGGGAGGGCUUGGGUACUAUAUCAUCCGGAAGAGAAGAAAGAACUUGGCUACUGACAACACCACUUGAUCACAUGUGAUUCCGUAUUCUUUUUGCCCUUUUUUUUUUGUUUUUUGGAUGAGAAUUCAAUACCUGAUUGCAGUUUUUCCAAUUGUAGAAACAAGAGAACACAAAAUUUGGAAGGCCAAUUUUUCAAAGAAACA